CAUUCGCAACCAUGACGGUACCGGAUGAGCAUCAUUGCAGCAUCACUGCAGCAUAAUCCGUUCCAUGCGCGGAACCUUAUCCACCGAUCACUUCGCCACUAUGCACAGGAACGAGUUGUUUCAUUUGCUGAUCGAGCAGCUUCCUCUGGGCGUCAUCGUUACCGAUUCCGUCGGUGGUAUCCUUCUGACAAGUCAGGUCAUGCGCGAGCUUUGGAAUGACUGUGGUAUCGAUGGUGACUUGUGGAAUUGCACCGACUCGAAUCAUCUCGUCAUUUACGAAGUGAACAAUGUUCUCUACACCUACGACAAGUGGCCACUCACACGGGCGAUCAUAAAUCACGAGUGCGUGAAGGACGAGAUCAUCAAAUUGAAGACUCGCAACAGCGCGUGCUUGUACGCCCGUGUCUCGGCUUCCCCCGUUUUUCUGCAAGGAACGUGUGCAGCCCCCAAAUCACCUCUCGCUUCCUUGCCACCAUGAGUCACGAAAUCCGUACGCCCAUACACGAAUUUUUGUUAAAAGCUUGUUAAUAACACAAGAGCAGGAACUAGAUCACGCAUUGUAGUAGGCAUGUCCUCAAAUAUCAGGUUGGCCGACCGAGGCCUAUCAGUACGCCAGAAACACCUCAGCAUUGUCAAAACUUUCAUGAUCGAUGUGGGGCCACGAUCAUUCGUCAAAGGAGAGAGAGGUUAAAAGGACUACUUUACUGCUGUGACAGCGAAUACCACAGCAUUCCUUACUGCCACGGCCCAUUUGGUUUAUAACGCAAUUAUGUCAGCACCCGCCACUAUCACGUGUUAUCACGCGUGCGCAGCAUCCACUACCCUGAGACGUAUCCCUUCCGCUGACACUUUCGUUCCUUUCCACACUUGCAGCAGCAUAAUGUUUUCGGCUUGGAAGACCAUCAACCCGCGCAUCGUACGCGGAGAAGGGAGUCUUUCUAUCACUCCCGUCACAACAGGAAGGGGCGAUGUUCUCAUGAUGGCGAUCAUUUUCUUUUUUGGAGUUGCCAUGACACUCUACACUACUGAAGACUUGCCAUAUAGAAUUGCUGGUAGUGCAAUGUAUGCCUACCUGGCCUGGACUCUUGUCGUGGACACAUACGAGACAGUGUUCGACAAGCAGCUGGAGCAGGUUAGCAUCAUCAAAACAACCUUGGGAUUUAAGAGAUGGUCAAGGGUUGCUCCGCUGGACGAGCUCGUCGCCAUCGAAACAACCACUAUGGAAACAACCUCCAAGAAGCAAAAGCCUCUCUACCGUCUCGAACUGGAGUUCUACACCACCCACGGCACAUAUCGCAUGCCCAUGACAGAGACAUAUGUUAGUGGUGAGCACAACAAGGAGAAAUUGGAGGAGGUAGAAGAUAUUGUCCGCAAGUUUGCUGAAAUCAAAAAAUUGCCGAAUUGGAUGAAGGAGGAGGAACUAGAAAAGAGAUUUGGGGCUGGGAAGAAGCAGGCUAAGACGCGGAAGAAGGGGAAUUGAGGAGUGAACCUCAAGAUCUUUCAUAAAAAAUACGCCUAUCCAUGCAAAUCGCUCACUUCUCUUAAGAACCAUUAUCAUUUUAUCUCGGCUGAUUGUUGACGGAAGUUAAUGGUGAUCGAGGGGAGACUGGGCAAGGACUGGAGGCUUACACGUGCGUGAGAAAACGAAAUGUAAAAUACAUUCAAUGAGAUGGAUUGUACAUAUGACCCA